GUCAUCAGUGGUCGCUGGGAGCUUCCAGCACGCGGCAGGAAGGGGCGGUGCGCGCUAGCUGUCGGCUCCCGGGAGCGGCAGGAGCAAUCCGCCCUCAAGUGCCCCGUCGCGCUGCCCUCCCGACAUGCCCGAGGAGGCGGGCGUCCCGCCGGCCAAGAGAUUCCGGCCGGGCUCUGGGCCUCUGCGCCGCCCCGGGUCCUGCCCUCCGGGGAGGCGAGUGGUAAUGCUGCUCACUGCAGGCGGCGGUGGGAGAGGAGGACGCCGGCGGCAGCAGCCGCCUCUGGCCCAGCCCUCGGCCAGCCUCUACCCCGAAGCCGUGGAGCUGCAGCGCCGGAGCCUGCCCAUCUUCCAGGCGCGGGGGCAACUGUUAGCCCAGGUCCGAAACCUGGACAGCGCCGUUCUCAUCGGGGAAACUGGCUCUGGGAAGACAACUCAGAUCCCUCAGUACCUCCAUGAAGCGGGGAUCGGCCGCCAGGGCAUCAUUGCUGUGACCCAGCCUCGUCGAGUGGCUGCCAUCUCUCUGGCUUCCAGAGUCUCAAAUGAGAAGAGAACAGAACUUGGGAAGCUGGUUGGCUAUACAGUGCGCUUUGACGAUGUCACCUCAGAAGACACAAAGAUCAAGUUCCUGACAGAUGGCAUGCUUCUGCGUGAAGCGAUUUCAGACUCCCUGCUUCGGAAGUACAGCUGUGUCAUUUUGGAUGAGGCCCAUGAGCGGACGAUCCACACAGAUGUGCUCUUCGGAGUGGUGAAAGCUGCCCAGAAGAGGCGAAAGGAAGUGGGGAAACUGCCUCUCAAGGUGAUUGUGAUGUCAGCCACAAUGGAUGUGGACCUGUUCUCUCAGUAUUUCAACGGAGCCCCUGUCCUCUACCUGGAGGGCCGGCAGCAUCCAAUCCAGAUUUUUUACACCAAACAGCCUCAGCAUGAUUACCUGCACGCCGCACUUGUCUCCGUCUUCCAGAUCCACCAGGAAGCCCCUCCUUCUCAGGACAUCCUGGUGUUCCUCACUGGUCAGGAGGAGAUUGAAGCAAUGAGCAAGACCUGCCGAGACAUUGCAAAGCACCUCCCAGACGGCUGCCCCUCCAUGCUGGUCCUCCCUCUGUACGCCUCCCUGCCCUAUGCCCAGCAGCUCCGCGUUUUCCAGGGGUCCCCUAAGGGCUAUCGCAAAGUGAUCAUUUCAACCAACAUCGCUGAAACCUCCAUAACCAUUACAGGAAUAAAAUAUGUAGUUGACACGGGCAUGGUUAAAGCAAAGAAGUAUAACCCUGACAGUGGCCUGGAGGUGUUAGCGGUGCAGCGCGUGUCAAAGACCCAAGCCUGGCAACGCACAGGACGGGCAGGCAGAGAGGACAGUGGCAUCUGUUACCGGCUGUACACAGAGGAUGAGUUUGAAAAGUUCGAGAAAAUGACUGUGCCAGAGAUCCAAAGGUGUAACCUGGCAAGCGUGAUGCUACAGCUCCUCGCAAUGAAAGUCCCAAAUGUGCUCACCUUUGACUUCAUGUCCAGACCAUCUCCAGAUCAUGUUCAGGCAGCCAUUGCCCAGCUGGACCUGUUAGGCGCUCUUGAACAUAAGGACGACCAGCUCACCCUGACUCCAAUCGGAAGAAAAAUGGCAGCUUUUCCUUUAGAACCCAAAUUUGCCAAAACCAUCCUCCUGUCCCCCAAAUUUCGCUGUACAGAAGAGAUACUGACCAUUGUCUCCCUGCUGUCCGUGGACAGUGUUCUCUACAACCCUCCCUCCCGGCGGGAUGAAGUGCAGGGUAUCCGAAAGAAGUUCAUAUCCAGCGAGGGUGAUCACAUUACCCUGCUCAAUAUCUACCGGACUUUCAAAAACAUAGGCGGGAAUAAGGACUGGUGCAAAGAGAAUUUUGUCAACAGCAAGAAUAUGAUGCUGGUAGCUGAAGUCAGAGCACAGCUGAGGGAUAUCUGCGUAAAGAUGUCCAUGCCAAUCACGUCAUCCCGAGGAGACACGGGGAACAUCCGCCGCUGCCUGGCUCACAGCCUCUUCGUGAGCACUGCUGAGCUUCAGGCCGACGGCACCUACGCCACCACGGACACCCACCAGCCAGUGGCCAUCCACCCCUCGUCCGUCCUCUUCCACUGCAAGCCAGCCUGCGUCGUGUACACUGAGCUGCUCUACACCAACAAGUGCUACAUGCGAGACCUCUGUGUCGUGGACGCCGAGUGGCUGUAUGAGGCCGCCCCUGAGUACUUCAGGAGGAAGCUGAGGACCACCAGAAACUGAACCCCUGAGGUGCUGUCAGAGCUGCUGUGCCUGGGAGCUGGGGACACCGCCCUCCUAGCAACCCCCAGGCUGGGACCCACAGGGGCAGCAAGUUCUAAUGUAGCGAAACGUGGGGCUUGAAAGUGUCUAAACCCCUGAGGCUGAACUACGUAGACGUGUACAUGCUGUGUGUACCCUGGAAACUUCAAACGAAUGCUUUCAGUUCUGGCCAGGGAACUUUUGGGUGACUUAGUUAACCUCUGAGCCUCAAGUUUCCUCACCUGCCACAUGGGGGUAAUAGUACUACCUACAGGCUGGGGGUGGGAGGGUUGGAGAAAGUGAGAGUACACAGAGCUGUGCCUGGCCUGCCAUGAGCGCAGUGAGUCAUGAGCCUAGUGCUCCUGUGUCCACGGGAUGCGACCUGAGUACAGUAGCCCCUGAGUCCUCAGGACUAAGGGUGAUUUUCUGAAAGAAGACCUUGGAGGUCACCGAGCUCAGGUGGUGUCCUCAGAUCUUUUUAACAUCUAUCUGUAUAAAGUUUUUCAAUAGAAAACAUAAGGGACUGACUUCUGUGGAAGUCUGAGGAAGGAGGUGUUGUCUCUGACCUAGGGGGCUGCCUGCCCCACUGAACCCCAUUUCCCAGUGGUGGACCCUUCUCUUGCUGCCUCCAAGCAGAGAGCAGCAAGGGAGUGCUCGCAGGCCACUCAGCCAUGUCCCUUUUGCCUCAGUACUGCUCUCUGCCUUCAGGAGACGUGGAAAUGCCCUUGGCGAAGGUCAGUUUGUAGCCUCUGAGUGAUGUCAGGGAUAAGCAGGAAACUGACCCCGUAGAGUGAUGGCUUCUGCUGUGUCCAGUAGCCAUCUCUCUCAGUGGGCACGCAGACUCACCUAAGCACAGCUGUUGGGGUGUGCAGAGGGGAGAGACAGAUGGGUGAGGACCCAGAUGGCACUGGCCUGUCUCAUCCACCUCUGCUGUUUAUAUUCUUGCAUCUUACUUGCUUUCUAUGACCUUUUUUCCUUUCUGGGCUUGGGAACAACCUGGCUUUGCUACUUCAUAACUGUGCCAGUCACCCUUCUCUAGCCCUCAGUUUCCACAUUUGUCAGAGGGAAUUAGAGGGUCCCACAGUCUUCCUGUUCUCAUAUUCUGAGAAGGGAAAGACACCAAAGGUUCUUCUUAGCCAUUUAAUUAUCAAAAGCAAAUGAUCUUUCCCCAGAGCAUUUUUGCCUUAGAAGCAGCUAAGAUUCAGCCCUUUUGUGUCCAUAAUUGGUCUGACACAGGUGUGCAGAAUUACUGUCAUUACUUACAACGUGGAUCAUGUAGUUUAUAAGCAGGAAUCCUCUUCAGACAGUGGGCAGCCUUUUCACUCUGGGUCCAGCCAGCCCUUCUCUGAGAUGGUAACCUAUGGAGCACCCCCAUCCCGUGUCUCAUCUGUCCGCGCCUGUGUGUUAAGGCUCAGGCUUUCCAGCACGUGCCGUGGCCCUCAGCCGCCACACUCUAGCCAUGUUCAAGUUUGCCUGGCACUUGGGAUUUAUUUCUGUUAGAAAUACUAACAUUUAGAUCAAGCAGGACUUGACUGUUCCUAUGUGUCCUAUCUUACUGAAUUCUUAGAAUUUUAGCUGACUCUUUCUCAGAUUGACUUGUUCUUACCAUGGCUGAUUUCCUGAAAAGUUUUUCAGAAAAAAUUUUGUGUAUUUUCUGCAUUUAUUUAAUAAAGGCUUAGGAUGGUUAGCCUGAGGUGGUAAAUGAAAAUACUGUGUUUUUAAUAAAACAUUUAUCAUGCUGGUAAAAAACUGGGAAUGGGUUGAUUUAUUAUAUUCUUCAGCAAAUUUUCUAUCUAGGGGCAAGUAAAACUUAACUUGGAAUAAUUUUUAACUUGCUUAAGUACCUGAAGAGUUUCUAGAAAUGUAUAUUUAUUUCUGAGCAGAAGUUAGGGAUAAAUAGCUCCUAAGUAAAUUUAAAUAGCUUCUAAGUAAUUUUAAUGUUUAUGAAAAUAUGUUUAUCACUGUAACAUUCUGGUAGAGUUUUAAUACAGUAGUUUUUUAUUGGGCUUUUUAAAAAGUUAAGUUUUUAACAUAGCUGCUCAGGGAUUAAAUCAGAUGGGAAAAUGGGAAAACCCAUUCUGACUCUACGUAGUCCUAUAAAAAUAUAAAUGGUUAUAUUGAGCUGCAAAGGGUAGUACUUUAUUAAGAAAGUUAAGUGUUUCAUAAUGACGUUGCAGUGUAAUUUUGAGCUACUCUUUUUCAAUUGGUAAUAUCUCUGUGGUGUGACACCUCCAACCUGUGAAAUCCGUAUCUGAGCGAAUCACUAACUACUGUGUGCGGCUUCAUGGAAUGCAUUCUUGGAAUGCAUUGGAGAUGCGUUCCAAGCAGAUCACAUGCCUCAGCUGUCUGGUGCUAGCUAGUAAUCAUGUAGUGUGAAACAUCCAGAGAAAGACAGAUUUCCUUACAAGGGGAAGAGCUGUCAAUACCCAGUCCCUGGUCAAAACCCUUACUUAAUGUUGCAUCUGUGCUAGUUGUAAAGAGAUGCCAGAAUGGAGACAAGUUUUUGCUUUGUGGGCAAAACUUAAGUACUGUGAUGCAUAAAUCCAUUUAAUGUAGCUAUCAAGAACUGCUUGGAAGUGGCCAGGCAUCUAAGAUAUUAUUCCUUGAGCAUGUAAGAAAAGACUACAUCUGUGGGGAAGCAAGCAUUUUAUUACAUUUGAUCACAAUUUUAAAAUUUUCAGGGAAAAAAAGAAGUUGGUUGAGCUUUGUGUUGUAUUUUGAGUCUGUUCUUGUACAGGCAGACAUUGCUCUAUAGAAACAUCAGCUCUUGCAUAUAAUACUCAAAUUUGCAUAUGACUAUCAAAUCCAUUAAAAAUGAAUCUGGUA